UUAGGGUGAGAAGGGUUAGGGUUUAUUAGCUACCAGAGUCGACUGCGAGCUCUGCCUUCGAAGCUACCCUUGGAACCUCAUCUUCGUUCAACAUGGCGGUUGGGAAGAAUAAGAGAAUAUCGAAGGGAAAGAAGGGAGGGAAGAAGAAGGCGGUUGAUCCUUUCUCUAAGAAGGACUGGUAUGAUAUUAAGGCGCCUUCGAUCUUCAGCAGUAGAAAUGUUGGGAAGACCCUCGUUUCGAGGACACAGGGAACCAAGAUUGCGUCUGAAGGACUCAAGCACAGAGUAUUCGAGAUCUGCCUUGCUGAUCUUCAAACUGAUGAGGAUCAGUCCUACAGGAAGAUCCGACUGAGAGCUGAGGAUGUGCAGGGAAAAAAUGUCCUCACUAACUUUUGGGGAAUGGAUUUUACAACAGACAAGUUAAGGUCUCUGGUGCGUAAGUGGCAGACUUUGAUUGAGGCACAUGUAGAUGUGAAGACUACAGACAACUAUACUUUGAGGAUGUUUUGCAUUGGAUUCACCAAGAGGCGACCAAACCAGGUUAAACGAACCUGUUAUGCUCAAACAAGCCAAAUCCGACAGAUUCGCCGUAAGAUGAGAGAAAUUAUGGUAAACCAGGCGACCUCAUGUGACUUGAAGGAGUUGGUACAGAAGUUCAUCCCGGAGAUGAUUGGGAAGGAAAUUGAGAAGGCCACUUCCAGCAUUUAUCCCUUACAGAACGUCUUUAUCCGUAAAGUCAAGAUAUUGAAGGCUCCAAAGUUUGAUCUUGGCAAAUUGAUGGAGGUUCAUGGGGACUACUCAGAGGAUGUCGGAGUCAAGGUUGACAGGCCAGCAGAGGAACCAAUAGCAGAGGAAACCGAAGUAGUUGGAGCAUAGAUGAAGGUUCAGCCUAUUUUCCUUUGUUCAUGUUUAUCAAAUUUUGGAAGUGUAAUGUAUACAUUUAUUAUUGAGAAACUUAUUUAGGUAAAGGAUUUUGUUUGGCUUAGAUUGUGACUGUUGAUUGACUUUGAGAUAGAGGAACAUGUUUUUUCCUCU